AUGCCUCCAAAACGGAAGAAGACAGGGAAGGGUGACGAUCCUCCCAAGGCGAAGAAGACCAGAUCAGAGGAUACUCCUGACGACGAUAUAACCACGACCGCAGUAAAUUGGAUCAUACCAAAAGAAAAGGGUAAAGAUGUCUACCAAGAGAAAUGCGCAGCCGAAUUUGCCCAGGCACUCUAUCAAAGAGCGCGAGAUGAGAUACGUCCGCAACAAACACCUAUGUCAGUUCCGCAAUUCCGAACGCCAGUAUUCCAGAAGAAAGGCAACGAUCUACGAGCGGAGGAUAAGUACAGACCCAGCGCGUCUUUGCGCAACUUGUUCAAUGACAUCAAAAGUAGAAGUAUUCAUCAGGAGGAGGGCCAUAGCAUCACUCAUUUCCAGCAGCAGUUCGGUGGCGACGCAAACAUCGCAGUAGUGCUCUCAAGAGCGGAGAACUACGCUUCUUUUGCUUUAAAUGAGGAUCAACGUUUGGAAGUGACUGUGAACGAUAUAACUGCACAUGUAGAUUUCAUCCAACGGGACUCAUCAGAAGAUGGCAGCGCAGUCGGGUACUUCAUUGAGCUCCCUCGUAAUACGUCAGUCACAGUAAACGGAACUACCUACACCAACAGCGACGGUCCAUCGUCCCUGUCUUUCUACAUUGGGCCGCUCGAAGGGUACGCGGUCAUUGAACUACUGUCGCAACCGGCCUUUUUCUUCAGAACUGCAGCAAGCUUGAAAGACACUUCGUCACAUAGAGCGGCAACUCAAGAAGAGCUCGAUCGUCGCGAUGGGAAUGGGGAUGUUGCUUUGGGGAAUACGAGGGUGCGAUGGAGCCCUAUCGAAGCUCCACUACCAGGAGCGGGACUUGGGAGUGCAGGCGUUCCCGGAAAAGCAGAAGGGGGGUCGGAGGAUGACUUUAUCGACACGUUCACCGACGAAGGGGAGCCGAUUAAAGAUACUUGUGCGUAUAUGCGAGCUCAGCUGUUGUCGCUUCAACAGAAUCGAUAUCGCGAGCUCGUUCCCAGAGUUCUUGCUUCGGUGAAUGAUCGACAGAAAGAAGCUACCGGAUUCAGCUACCAGCAUCAAGGACAGACUUGCAGACCUGGAAGAACGCUGUUGGUACCAAUGGAGAUGAAAGGGAACCAUCUGUUGCUCGCUGCUCAAAUCCAUCCUGACAAGCAUAUCACACUCGAAGUCCUAGAUCCUCUAACGUGGCAAGCAACGCUGUCUAGUCGGAAAGGUGUCGAUGAACACAUUAGAGAAACUUUGCGAAACUCCACAUGGUGGCGACAUGUUUAUGACUCGUUAGACCACAUGGAAGGAAACCUGCCCGAGGCCACGAUGUGGGUACCGGCUGCCCAGGUCACGACAGCCGAUGGAAGCUUUACAUACACCGUCUUGAACGCGUGGGCACUGGCGAUGGGCCUCGUGCCAAACCCGUCGUUCACACCCAGCGCUCAUGGUCACGAAUCGUUCUUUAUCCGAGCCCAACAGAUCUUCGACCUGGCCCUUCAAGACACGUUAAACUGGAGGAUAUUACUCGCCUUUUUCCGCUGCACCGGAUUUGUUAAGCCCGGCGAAGGCGGCGAGAAUGAUGAAGAGGCAAACCUCCCGCAUCUAUCAAGGCGGUUUGACCUCUGCAACUGCUCCUUCCAGAAGCUCAUUACUCGCCAAGCGACUGCAGAUACUGGAGCCGAAGGCAAGAAGAUUGAUAUGGAGCUGGUCACUUUGGGCCUCGAAGAUAAGACGCGUCAUGAUGUAGCCUUCGCUGCCGACUCCCUUGAAAAACGCGACAGGAAACACAUGGCAUUUAUGGUCCGCUAUGGUCAAUGGAAUUUUGCUGAUACUGAAAAGAAGCUGGAAAGGCGUCUGGAAGAACACAAAGAGAAAAGGAUGUCGGAUCUGUCGUUGCCACCACAACAGGCUAGAUCGACUCGAGAUACCGAGAAGAUUCCGGUCGACUUUGAUCCUUGUAAGCAUCUUCACGAGCAGCUGAAAUCGCUCGAAGACCAAAGGAAGAUUGAGCCAAGGGCGGGGAGUGAGCUCGGUGAAGCAAUGCCAUCCAAGUUAGAAAGUCGCCAUGUCUUUGGACAUAUCGAGUCCGUUGCACGAGCUAUCAACGAAUUGCUCUCACCUGAGCGGCCUGAGCAGGGCUUUACAGUAGCAGAUCUCAAUGGUCAUACCAGAUACGCAGAUGAUUCCGGCAUCUUGGAUACGGUGGUUAUCAAGGUCUGCCAACUGGGGGAACAUGUCAUACUAGUAGUCUCGCAGCAUGAGGACACAUCCAAAAAAGCUCCCGAUGUAUCACGCGUUAUGGACUCUGCACCAUGGACUGCCACGGCGAAGGAGCGCGUCCGAGUCCACGAGCUAUUGCAGGAUGCAGGGAAAUCAAAAAUCAACCCUGAUUCACCCAAAGAAAGAAGUAUCGUCGGGCCGGUACUGCAAUGGAUGCCCAGUCCUCAGCAAGCACGAGUAGAGGAAGCUGGGUAUUUUGCAAUCAUGAGUGCGUGGGCUGUACUACUCGGUCUACCUAUCGACCCCAAAUUCCGUAUAGGCGCAAAGUUCUACGACAGCGCACUUCCUCUGCUCCAGGCAGUAGGGAAUGCACAUGCAGACUGGAGGCUGAUUUGGGCGUUCUUGCGUUGUGUGGGUUAUACGCAGUCCGAGCUGCCGCCUCCAAUGCAGCGUCGAUUCAAAGCAACAAAGCCUGCUCAUGGCCCCCGUAACACCAGAACCGACAGAAAGAAAAAGCGCUCGAUUGAUGCUCAGGCCUCCCGUGACAUCAACUAUUCGCAUUUUCAAGUAAAUACGGGCGUAGCGCACACUGAAGUCUUCCCAUGGGAUGACUACAACGAACCGGAUAGGGCAAUUCGUAUACCAGAGUUGAUCAAUCCUGGACCGGAAAAGAAUACAGAGACUGCAGGUAAGCCCGAAAAAGAAAAGUCGGUGUUGCCUGGAGACUUUGAUCCGUGUAAAUAUUUCGACCAACAGCGAAACGCGCUUCUGAAUGAUCCGGCCGUAGCAGCAGCAGUAGAAAGUCUUCGAACUCGUGCAACCACCACAUUCGGACUAUGGCUCACGGAUGAAGAGGUGUCCUUGGCCAUCGCAGCCGUGACGCUCGGCAUAACGAAUGCUCAGGGCCUAGAGGGCGGAUUCGGAUGUUUGAACCAGACUGCAGUUCAGUACUGUCAGUACCCCAAUCCUACUUUGAUGCAGCCUACGAUUCGACCGGGUCGGCCGUUGGUAGUACCGGUAAAUCUUGACGGACAUAUCAUCUUGGUGGUUAUCCAGUUUGACGGCUCCAAAGAGGAGCCUACACCUACGAUCUCCAUCCUAGAUUCAAAAUCUCACAAUUAUAGCUUCGAACAACGUGCUCGUGUUUUCGACACAGCUCGAAACAUGUUGAUCGCCUCGCGCUGGGGCCGAUUUCCAAAUAUGCCUGACGCAGAUGACUUCCGCCAAUACACCCGGGAGGCAUUGCACGCUGAAUGGAUCCCCGUAGCCCCACAACCUACGGAUGAUGAGUGUGGAUACUAUGCCAUAUUGAACGCUUGGGCACUGGCUUUGGGCCUGCAACCCAACAUCAAUUUCUUCCCAAGUUGGACAGCUCAAUUCUUCCAAGACCUUGUUGAUGUGAUCCACAUCGCUCGUGUUGGACGAGCAGACUGGAGACUGAUAUACGCGUUCCUCGGAUGUAAAGACUUUAUCGGCAAUGCAGCAGCCGUGCCCGAGGAUCACUAUUUUGAACAGACCGAGAAUUUGCUAAGUGAGGAUGCACUACAAUCGGUACUGGAUCGUCUGGAAGAGUCAGAGCGCCGCGACUGGGAAGGAAGAGAUCCAGAUUUCUCCAAACUAGCCCAAGCAAACAGAACACAUGUUGUCCCAGGGAAGCGACACGACAUGGCAUGGCCAUCAGACGACUGGACGAAAGAGGCAAGGAAGGAGUACGUAAAGGACCUCGAACGCUGGGGAAAACUUGUUCUUGAUGUAGACAGCAAAGAACUAAAAGCCCAGUGGCAGGAACACUUGUUGAUGCAUGGCGCGAAAUUUGAGAACCAGCUGAAACAUAUACACGGCGAACUCAAGGGCCGGACUUUGGAUAUUACCAAAGAUAUACUUCCUCACUACAAGGGAUUUCUCAACAAAUUACAUCCGCCGGGUUUGAAUCUGCAGAUCGAUCACUAUCCAUGUUCCUGGGUAACAGACGCCGUGAACAUAUACGACUGUAUCUUGAACUACGAUCCGUUGGGACCAAGCUUCUCUAACGGGAUGCGAGAGGAGGUCAAUAGACAAGAAUCUGGACGUCUUGGCUGGUCCUCGCAUCGUAAUACCGCACAAAUUGGAGGCUCCCAUCAUAGAUAUCCUGUACCAGAGCAGCAGGAGGGCGGUUUCCAAUGUGGCUACCACGUUUUUGUAAACGCCUGGAUACUCGCAAUGGGUCUCACACCAGAUAUCAAAAGGGGCCCGUACGACGAGGAUGUCUAUUUUGAGGCAUGGAUAUUUGCUAGGGCUGCAAUAGCGGGAUUACUCGACUGGAAGGCAUUAGUAGCUUGGUUCUUCUGCCGUAAAUUAACCGUGCAGAGGACCAAUGAAGAUGUACCCGCAAACCGGCGCUUUGAAGGUACUGUACCUCAGGUGCCGGAUCGGCUUGAUCCUUUUCCGGAAGCAGUCGGAGAGGGCGAAUUGCGAGACCAUGUGCAACAACGGUACGAUGCGGAUGACCGACCUCUGGCGCUGUUAUCGGUUGAAGAUGCUCCUUACGAUCGGUCUAACAAUAUUGUAUGGCCCCCUUCUAAGGGCAAGGAACAGAAUGACCAGGGAGAGAGUCUGGACAGAAGUUAUGACGACACGGAUUUAGACUUCUUCGAAGCCCAGGCAGGUAUCAAGCGUAAGUCGCGUGAAGAAAUUGACGAUGGUCUCUGUCGCUUUUACAGUUCACACGCGACUGGCGACACUCGUACCAGAGAUACGGUUCAUUCAUCCUUUUCCGGGAAAAAGCAGCGCCUAAGUGACAGCCUGUCUUUCCUUGACAGGUAUUAGCUGCCCCUUGCUCUUAUAUUUGUACCGUGGAAGGACUGCGCUGGGAUGGGUAUCGUAGAAGGAUCAUCGUUGUACUUGUAUUGAGGAGAGUUCCUUUUUGUAACGACAUUGCGCUGUCUUAAAUGAUAUGUAAAAGUUGUUGUUCAGUGCAGCUUGUUCUGUUGUGCUGUGGCAUGCAGACGCGACCGUAAGGUGACGACCCUGAGCUCCGGCAGCCGAUGACGUAGCCCCAAAACCUUCACGCGUAGAACCGCGAACC